AUGACAAAGACACAUACCACUUCUUGCAGAAGCCUCGCAUUAUCAUCCUCCAGCUGCGUCACCAAUGUCUCCAAUUCCACACGCCACCGGAUCCACAGCCGCCUUCCUCUUCCCCCUUCCGCCACCACUGCCUCUGCCACUCGCCGCCGCUAUCCCGUUCCCAAGCUCCACUGGAGCAAAUUGAACCGCUGGGACACCAGCAGCGGGGCUCAUCACCGCCGCCUCCAUCACAAACCCACCAGUUGGCAGCGGAGGCACCGCCGCCAUCUCCGGAACCCUAACGUCCUCCUCAUCCACCGCCCCCGCCUUAGUCAGAAAAUCCUCCAGAGUCAUGGCCGGACCGUCGCCCCCUCCCCCGGCGGCGGCGCCGCUGCUCACCAUAUCCCUCCAGACCUCUGCGACCGUCUCCUCCCGGACACCAUCCCCCAGUCCGCCGCCGUCGCCGUCGAGCGCGAAGGGCUGAGAAUCGGAGCAGAUGUUUCUGAGUAUGUCGUCGAAGUUCAUGGAGCCGAAACCCCGGGUCGGAUCGGGGUCGACAUUCGACCGGGGCGUUUCGAUAGCGGGAGUCUCGAGGAGAGAUUGAAUAUAUGGUUGAGUAUUUGUUCAUCAGAACUGAGGUCGAAAGAAAAUCAGUUUCUGAACGAUCUAGUUGCUACAAGAAUUCGGGUCGCGGGCGUUAUGGUGCACAAGGAGCAGGUGCACGCCAGUCUGAACUCACGAUGCCGCAAGUUAAAACUCGCGAGGCCGCAAACUGCAAUUCGGGUCGCGAACGGAAAGGGGCAGAAAAGGGCCUGGGUAGGCGGUUGUGAACUCGCGGGGUCGCGGAAUGCGGUUCAUGCUGCGAAUUCGAGUUCGCCAGGCUGCGAAUCGCAAGUCAGACCAUGA